CACAGUUAGAAGCUUUGAUAAUGAGAAAGCAGAAGUUUUAGCAGAAACUUUCUGAGGGGUCAGUGAAUAAUUUCCUGAUGACUGGCCCGAAGGCGUAUCUCAUCUACUCCAGCAGCGUGGCGGCUGGGGCCCAGAGCGGCAUUGAGGAGUGCAAGUUCCAGUUCGCAUGGGACCGCUGGAACUGCCCUGAGAGAGCGCUGCAGCUCUCCAGCCACGGCGGGCUGCGCAGUGCAAACCGAGAGACAGCCUUUGUCCAUGCCAUCAGCUCGGCAGGCGUCAUGUACACGCUGACAAGGAACUGCAGCCUUGGGGACUUCGACAAUUGUGGCUGUGAUGACUCCCGCAACGGACAGCUCGGGGGACAAGGCUGGCUGUGGGGCGGCUGCAGCGACAAUGUGGGCUUUGGAGAAGCCAUUUCCAAGCAGUUUGUGGAUGCCUUGGAGACGGGACAGGAUGCCAGAGCGGCCAUGAACCUGCACAACAAUGAAGCUGGCCGGAAGGCGGUGAAGGGGACCAUGAAGCGGACCUGCAAGUGCCACGGCGUGUCGGGCAGCUGCACCACCCAGACUUGCUGGCUGCAGCUGCCCGAGUUCCGGGAGGUGGGCACGUAUCUGAAGGAGAAGUACCACAAAGCCCUGAAAGUGGAUCUGUUGCAAGGGGCGGGCAACAGUGCGGCCAGCCGGGGGGCCAUCGCUGAGACCUUCAGCUCCAUCUCCAAGAAGGAGCUGGUCCACUUGGAAGACUCCCCCGACUACUGCCUGGAGAACAAGACCCUGGGGCUGCUGGGGACCGAGGGCCGGGAGUGCCUCAAGCGGGGCAAGGCCCUCAGUCGGUGGGAGAAGCGGAGCUGCUGGCGGCUGUGCGGGGACUGUGGGCUGGCCGUGGAGGAGAGGCGGGCCGAGAUGGUGUCCAGCUGCAACUGCAAGUUCCACUGGUGCUGCGCCGUGCGGUGCGAGCAGUGCCGCAAGAGGGUCACCAAGUACUUCUGCGUCCGCAAGGAGAAGCGGGAACGGAGUGGGGGCGGCAGGGCCACUCGCAAGCUCAAGAGGAAACUCUAAUGCCAUCCUGGUGCCCUGUCUCCUGCCCCCCAGCAGCAUUCUCUCCUGGCUCUGUUCUGUUCCCCCGCACAGCCCCAAGAAGGCGUCGGCUCUUGGGCACUGUCCAGCUGGUGCUUGAAACGGUGCCUCUGGUGACUAUGGCAGGCCACGGGCUGCUG